UGUAUCAUUUGGGUCACCCGGUUUGCAGACGCCAUUUGCACACUAGAGCAAAAAUUUCCCGUACAGCCGCCAUCCUAUUCCAUCCCCGUUCUUGAGCUUGUUUAAUAACCGGAAAAUUAACUAAUGCUUUGAUAAACGUAAAACAUUUACUUUUUUCGUAACAAUAAGUGAUAUUUCCAGCAGAUAAACAGGAGCAGCAAAGUAAAGGGGCAAAAUAGAAAACAAAUUCGUCAAACUUCUUUCGAGCUUCUCACGCAUCUAAGGAAAACAUCACGCUUAUUGACUCCAACAGGAGCGGUGGUGGUACUUCUACAACACCGAAAUUGAAAUCCGCUAAAUUGAUGGCGACCAAGUUGAACACUUUCACUGCAUAAGACGAUCAAGAAUGAUAAAGUAUUCUGUAUCUCGUUUGGACUAUUCUAUGGAAGCAGGAUCUAUUUCAAUGAAAUAGUGGGGAAGUCACAAAGAGAGACUAACUCAAUUUGAACCAUGGAAAGAUACCCAAUCGCGCAACGCGUUAAAGUUAUUCAGGCUUAUUAUGAAAACGGGUGUUCAAAUCAAAAUGCAUAUCGCGCACUUCGUGAUUUUUUCGGUCAAUUUAAUCGACCAAAUGUGCGUACAAUCGGAAAAAUGAUGCAAAAGUUUGAGCAAACCGGGUCUGUAGGAGAUGUGAAAACACCAGUGCAUGCUCGUACAGCUCGUACUGCAGAAAAUAUUGCUGGUGUUCGCGAUAGUGUGGUUGAAGAGCCGUCCACCUCAACUCGUCGUCGUGCCCAACAAUUGCACCUCUCACGCUCGUCGUUGAUGAACAUUAUACUUAAAGACUUGCAUCUACACGCUUACAAGGUGCAAUUGACUCAAGAACUAAAGCCUCUUGACCAUUUCAAGCGUCGUCAAUGCUCAGAAUGGUGGCAGGAAAUGGCAACAGUGCAUGACCAAUUUUCGAAGAAAAUCAUCUUCAGUGGUGAGGUACAUUUUCACCUCAGUGGAUUUGUCAAUAAGCAGAAUUGCCGCAUUUGGGCGGAUGAUAAUCCAAGAGUGAUUGCCGAAAAACCAAUGCACUCACAAAGAGUGACAGUUUGGUGCGGUUUAUGGACCGGCGGCAUCAUUGGGCCGUAUUUUUUCCAAAAUGAAGCCGGUCAGGCAGUUACUGUGAUUAGUGUUCGCUAUCGUGAGAUGAUAACGAACUUUUUAUGGCCCGAAUUGGAAGAUAUGGAUGUGGACGAUAUGUGGUUUCAACAGGACGGUGCCACUUGUCACACAGCCAACGAAACAAUGGCUCUUUUGCGCGAAAAAUUUGAUGGCCGAAUAAUCUCACGUUGCGGCGAUGUCAAUUGUCCGCCAAGAUCAUGUGAUUUGACACCGUUGGACUUCUUUCUUUGGGGUUAUUUAAAAGAAAAGGAGUACGUCGAUAAGCCAGCAACAAUUCAAGAGCUAAAGAAUGAGAUAAUUCGGCACGUUAACGGCAUAGAACCUCAAUUAUGCCUCAGCGUCAUCGAAAAUUGUGACCUUCGGAUGGAGGUGUGCCGCCGAAGCCGCGGCGAACAUUUGCCCGAUAUUUUGUUCCAUAUGUAAUUGAGCCAUACCAAUAUUGUCAUAAUAAAGAGAAAUGACAAUAAGUUACUAAAAAAAUGUGUUUUAUUUAAAAUCAACACCGGCCCUUGAAACUUAACCACCCGUUAGUACGGGUCAUAGCUACAGUCAUAUUAAUUAAAAAAUUUUUUUUUUGUUUUUGUG